AAGUGUCGGAUGCUGCACGGUGCCUGAGGAAAGGAUCGUCCCGCGGGCCUGUCGUCGACGAGUCUCGCGCAGCGUUAAUCGUCCCCACGUUCAAGAUGAACCAACAGUGCAAGGUGUGCGGCGAACCCGCGGCAGGCUUCCACUUUGGCGCGUUCACCUGCGAGGGCUGCAAGUCCUUCUUCGGAAGAUCCUACAACAAUCUCAGCAGCAUUUCCGAGUGCAAGAACGGCGGUGAGUGCGUGAUCAACAAGAAGAACCGAACAGCCUGCAAGGCCUGCCGCCUAAGAAAAUGUCUGCUAGUGGGCAUGUCGAAAUCCGGCUCGCGAUACGGCCGCAGGUCUAACUGGUUCAAGAUCCACUGUCUGCUGCAGGAACAGCAGCAGCAGCAGCAGCAACAGCAACAGCACUACCAACAGAAUCUGCCCAACCAGCCGCUCUCUCAACAACGGAAGCCUAUGAGCCCGCCUAUCGGGAUCCACGCGGGUCAACGAAAGGACGAUGUCCUGAUGCUCGGCUUGGACGACUACAAGAACUCCACCUCGCCCAGUAUCAGUUCCCCAGAGUCGCACAACAGCGACAGCUCCGUGGAGAUAUCCGAGAGAAGAGCAGCCUUCUCGGGACACCCCGGUUUCAGACCGUUGCACUCGCAUCUGCAACCCUCCGUGGCUGACCUGUCGGCGCUCAGCAAGGAAAUGAUGAGUCUCCCUCUGGGUUUUCACCUCGGUGGAAUGUCCCUGAUCCCACCAGCCUUCCUGCCACCCCCGAGUCUCACCAUGUUCUCUCCCUACCAUUUGUACGCUACGUCUCACGGAGCUGCCCACCCCCUGGUACCGAACCACUCCUCGAACCUACUCAGACACUCGCCAGUGAUCGAGGACGUAACCGGCGCGAUGACAUCCACCACCACCACUACUACCACCACCACCACCACCAUCAGCGUCGAUACCAAGGACUCUUGUGGGAAUAACAACAACAACAACAACAAUAACAACGACAGAUACGCUCAUAACAACAACGUGCAGACCUCGAGGCAGAGCUCGUCACCGAACGGAGAGGGUGAAACGUAUACCAAACGAUUCUACCUGGACGCGGUAUUGAAGAGUCAACGAACGCGUCCGGAAGGUUCCCCAACGGUGUCGGUGAAGGACCAUUCGGAAAGUGGUUCGCCCCUGUGCAGUCCAGGACCGGAACCGGACUGUCCGCCGCCCCAGGACAACCCCAUGGACCUGUCCAUGAAGUCGGUGGCUACCUCGGUGAGCGACGAAACGGAAGAAGACGAGAUCGACAUGGAGAGCGUGAGCGAUCGAGACAGCCCUCCGCUGAAGAGGAAGUCGGCGCCCAUAGAUCUCACGACGAGAUCCUAG